UGUGGCUCGGCGAGAGCUCCGCGAGCGCGUCCUCCGCCGGGUGCACGGCGGGGCCUCUGCCUGCGGGUGGUGACCCCUCCGCCUCACUCAGGCUCCUCCGUCGCGGCCGGCUCCGCGCCCAACCCCUGCUGCCCCGGACAGUCCGGGGCGCCGAGGCGGUGGCAACCUUCCCUCUGGCCUCCCAGGAAAUUGGGCCCCAUCCCUCGACUCUCCGGGAAACUGCCCUCCACCACCUUCUCCCUGACUCGGAAACCCGGAAACCCUGAAUUCCGUUUUCUGAGCCCCUGACCUUUCUUUUCCCACCCGCCCCGAGACGACUCCGCCGGACUCCCCUCCCCUUUUCUUUCACUCUCCAGCGGCGUCCUGGUGGUGGGCAUCCCCCUCAACCCGGAGAAGAAGCAUGGAGCCGGCAGGGGUCCUGGCGCCUCGGGAGGAGGAGGUCGGAAGACUGACCGCCCUCCCAGAUUCCUCAGCUCCUCCUAUGUAAUCAACUGCCCUUUUGGAAAUUGGGCAGGGGCUGUUGCUGGAUGCGGGUGUCACUGACUGUCUUCAGCAUACCAUGCAGAAGUAACAUGUUCCCAGCAUUGGACACAGAGCUAAAGCAGGAGACUCUUCCUGAUCCCUAUGAAGACUUUAUGCGCUAUCACCUCCAGUACUAUGGCUACUAUAAAGCUCAGAGAGGCAGUUUACCAAACUCUGCUACACACCAGCAUGUUUGGAAGAAUAAUCCUCGAUACCUGUUGAGUGGCUCUUUUGGAAAAAAAGAGGAUUUGACACCGAACCGCUUGCAAAAGGAGAAGCGUCUAUGGCCUACCUGUCUACCUUCAACUGUGCACAGACAGAUAGGAGCCGUGAGCAGAGAUUCUCUUAUGCUGAGGUCACCAUUUGUUAAGAGCAGACAGCUUCUUUAUGAUGACAUUGGCAAAGUAAACCCGCGUCUUAGAGAACCCCAAGAUCUCUUUGCUUUUUUCUCUGGAAACGCGCUGCUGCAGGCUCCAAGGUGGCCAAUAGAAUGUGAGGUCAUCAAGGAGAGCGUUCAUCAUAUUGAAUGGGUUCCACCUCAACCAGAAUAUUUCUAUCAACCUACAGGAAAUGAAAAGAUACCAGAAAUUGCAGGAGAAGAAAAAGGCACAAUUGUCUAUCAGUUAGAUUCAGUGCCCACCGAAGAUUCCUAUUUUACCAGCUCCAGAGUGGGAGGCAAACGGGGAAUUAUCAAGGAACUCUCUGUCUCCUUACAAGGACCAGAAGAUAAUACUCUGCUGUUUGAAUCAAGGUUUGAGAGUGGGAACCUGCAGAAAGCUGUCAGAGUAAACACCUACGAGUAUGAACUCACCCUGAGAACUGACCUCUACACAAACAAGCACACUCAGUGGUUUUAUUUUCGAGUUCAGAACACCAGGAAAGACGUCACCUAUCGCUUCACCAUCGUCAACUUGCUGAAACCCAAGAGCCUCUACACUGUAGGGAUGAAGCCGCUCAUGUACUCCCAGUUGGAUGCCAGCACCCGCAGCAUUGGCUGGCGGAGAGAAGGGAAGGAAAUCAAGUACUACCGGGACAGCACCGGGGACGGCCAGCAGCCCUCUUACUGUCUCACGUGGACCGUUCAGUUUCCACAUGACCAGGACACUUGCUUCUUUGCACACUUCUACCCGUACACGUACACUGACUUGCAGCGCUUCCUCCUGUCGGUGGCAAACAGCCCCAUCAAAUCUCAGUUCUGCAAACUCCGGACCUUAUGUAGGAGCCUCGCAGGAAACAACGUCUACCUGCUCACCAUCACCAACCCAGCUCGGACCCCUCAAGAGGCAGCUGCGAAGAAAGCUGUGGUCUUGACUGCCCGCGUGCACCCUGGGGAAAGUAACGGCUCCUGGAUUAUGAAAGGCUUUUUGGACUUCAUCCUGAGCAACUCCCCAGAUGCUCAGCUCCUCAGAGAUAUCUUUAUCUUCAAAGUGGUCCCCAUGUUAAAUCCAGAUGGAGUGAUCGUGGGGAAUUAUCGGUGUUCGCUGGCUGGAAGGGAUUUGAACCGGCAUUAUAAAACCAUUCUGAAGGAGUCUUUCCCCUGCAUCUGGCACACCAGGAAUAUGAUCAAGAGACUCCUUGAAGAAAGGGAGGUCCUCCUGUAUUGUGAUCUCCAUGGCCACAGCCGGAAGAAUAACAUCUUCCUGUAUGGUUGCGGUAACACUGAUCGCCAGUUCUGGCUUCAUGAGCGAGUCUUUCCUUUAAUGUUAAGCAAAAAUGCACCAGAUAAGUUUUCUUUUCACAGUUGUAACUUUAAAGUCCAAAAGUGCAAAGAAGGAACAGGACGAGUUGUGAUGUGGCGGAUGGGAAUCCUAAACAGCUACACCAUGGAGUCUACUUUUGGCGGGUCCACCCUGGGCAAUAAAAGAGACACUCACUUUACCACUGAGGAUCUGAAAUCCCUGGGUUAUCAUGUCUGUGACACCCUUCUCGAUUUCUGUGAUCCUGACCGAACCAAGUUCAUGCAGUGUCUGGCAGAGCUUAAAGAGCUCUUACAACAGGAAAUCCAUAAGAAAUUCAAGGAACUUGGACAAGAUAUGGAUUUAGAAAGAAGCUGGAGUGACAUCUCUUUGUCUGACAUUGAAUCCAGCACCAGCGGUUCUGACAGCUCCCUCUCGGAUGGCCUCCCUGCUCACCUUCUGAACAUAGCAGAUGAGUUGAAUCAGAAGAAGAUGAUGUAUAAGAAGAAAAAAAAGCCACUUAAGUCGAGAAAACAGCGAAACAAACAGUAUCAGAAAAAUACUUUGAUGCCGGACUCAGAGAUAACUGAAGACGCCCCAGAAAGGGCAAGAUUUCCUUCUCUGCAAAAGCAUCCUGCUUUUUUCAGAACUUCAGAGAAUGCCAGUUCUUCAGUGAUAAAUAAUGAAAAACCAAGGUUGAGUAAGUCCCAGUUAAACGGAAGAGGCAAGAGCACCUCCCUGGACCCAACAAAUAUGACCUCCUUGAUUUUGGCUAAGAAUAAAGACAGAAUACAGAAACAGAAGCCAGGAUUUACAGUAUCUUGCGAUCCAAAGAAAAGCACCAACCCCAGCCAAGAGCCAGCUCCACCCGUGAAGCCAAGCUGGUCCAGGAGCAGAUGUCCUGGCACACAGGGAAGCCACAGGACCGCCGUGGCAUACCCAUCCUUGCACAUCUACACCUACCCGUAGAGCGCCCGGACCAGGCCACACAGGCUCUGCCUCGCUGUGCUUUGGGUUAGGUGCAUUUUGUAACGAAGGGAUUUGUGUGCUCGGGAACUUCAUUCACUGGUUGUAUUCUGUGUUGUGUGUCCAUCAUGCACCACCCUCACCCCAGGAGCUUACAUUGUGCGCAGGAUCUCAGGACGCAUACCUCACGACUUAAAUUAUUUUUUCAUGAAAUGAAAUUUUAUUGUGAUGUAUCCAAAAGCUUCCCUUAUAAGAAAUUGAACUGUGUGCUCGUGAAACAACAACACAGAUAUACCUCAGUUUACAUUUCUCUCUAAAAGUAUAUGCAAAGAAGCUUUAAAAGAGCAGAUUAUUUUAAACGUACUCUUGGCAGUUUGCUAUAUUAAAUAAAAAGUCUUGCGUCAGAACUUCCUAGUGACGAAUGAUCAGUCAGGUUGCGGUAUAUCAGGUUUGUUCAGGGUGAGGUGUCCCCACACAGAGGAAAAAACUCAUGUUAUUACCUGGAAGUCAGUGUUGCGUAUAUUAUGCUCAGCAUGGUUAUGUAAGUUUUUUAACCCAUUGAUUAAAAUUCUUUCUGUCCCACAACUUA